UAGAUACAGAGUCACGAUAAACAACGUAGAACAAUGUAGAUACUACAUUAAAUCCAUCGUCAAUUUCUUCAGACAAGUAGUUACAUUGUGGUUGUCUGUUGCCUGUCACAGUAACAGCUCAGAAUGGAUGUGUUGUAUACAAUUUACAAAAGUACUACACAAAUCAACUCUAUAUUGACUACUGAAUAACAUGGCGUGAUUCUAUAGGUCUCGAUUAUUAAGAUUUUUUUUAAUAUUUUCAUAAAGAUCUUUAGUAUAUUUAAAUAUUUUUAUUAAAACUACAUUAACAUGUUUAAUACUUUGAGGAACUCUAUUAUAUAUCAAAUUAAAAAAUACGGGCAACGAACUUACAUAGGAAAUUCAUUAGAUACCAUUACAUAUAAUUCAAAUCGACGACAAUCUAAAGAACCAUUGAAUAUUUCCUAUCAAUCAUGCGGCCAACCAACAGCAAUAACACAUCCUCAUUUAAUGAAGAAUGGAGAAGUUGUACCUGGUAUCCAACUUUGUGAAUUCAAAAAGAGACGAAACAAACUGAUAAAGAAUAUUAUUUCAUAUGCUUGUGUCACAAAUCUAGGCAAAUCACAUAUUAUCAUUAUUCCUUCUGCAUCCAAAGUAUACAUGUCUGACAAAAUUCCGUAUGUUUUUCGUCAAAAUACGGACUUUUUGUAUUUUACUGGUUGUCAAGAAGCCAAUAGUAUUUUGAUAAUUACAGCAAAAAAUGAAAACUUUGUAACUACCCUAUUUCUAACACAACAAGAUGAACAUUCUGAACUAUGGGAUGGCCCUAAAACUGGAAUUGAAAUAGCACCUAAAAUGUUUGGUAUUGAUGCAGCAUUUCCAGUAACAGAGUUCGAACAGUUUUUUAUUUCUUUCAUAAAUGAAAAUAAAAAAAGUACUAUUUGGUAUGACAAUGUUGAUGUAGCACAACCUAAUUUACACAAUAAAUUAUGUGAAUUAAUGAAAAUAACAAGUGGUCAAAUGGUUGUUUCUCCAACAAAUAUAAUACAUAAAAUCAGAUUAAUUAAAUCACAAUCUGAAAUAGAUUUAAUGAGAAAGAGUUGUGAAAUUAUAUCAGCAGCAAUAUCUAAAACUAUAGAAAUAUCAAAACCUAAAAUGAGUGAGCAUCAUCUGUUUGCAACUGUGGAUUAUGAAUGUAGAAUGAAUGGUGCAGAAUUUUUAGCAUAUCCACCAGUUGUUGCUGCGGGUAACAAUGCUAAUAUUAUCCAUUAUAUUACCAACAAUCAAAUAAUUAAAGAUGGAGAUAUGGUUUUGAUGGAUGCAGGUUGUGAAUAUCAUGGUUAUUCAUCUGAUGUAACCAGAACAUGGCCAAUUAAUGGAACAUUUACUCAAGAACAAAAAGUCUUAUAUGACAUAGUACUGGAUGUUCAAAAUAUUUUAAUUCAUAAACUAAGAGAAUUACCAUCGUUAGAUCAAUUAUAUCAUGAUAUGUGCUUUUUAUUAGGCAAAAGAUUACAAGAAAGUGGUCUAAUACCAAAACAUUUGAAUAAAAACGAAUUAUUUUCUGCGGUUUACACUUAUUGCCCACAUCAUGUAAGCCAUUAUUUGGGGAUGGAUGUACACGACACUGGGAAGAUUUCUAGGAGUCUGAAGCUUCAACCAGGAAUGAUAGUCACAGUGGAACCUGGAAUAUAUAUUAAUCAUAAAAAUCGAUUUGCACCAUCAGAAUUUUAUGGUUUAGCUGUUCGUAUUGAAGAUGAUAUUUUAAUAACAGAAAAUGAUCCAAUAAAUUUAACGGAAAACUGUCCAAAAGAAAUUAUCAAAAUUGAAGCUUUAGCGAGUCAACAUUUGUAAUGAUAAGAUUAAGUAUAUAAUACAUAAAAGAUGACUGUAUACAAAAUUAUGCAUAUUUUUAUUUUAUUCGUAAAUUUGUUUAAAUGUGAAUAAAUGAAUAUUAUAUACUUGUAACCAAUAAAGGAUAACUAAGAAAAACAAUAACACUGUAUACACAAAAAGGGCUAGUAUAAACAUUUAUGUAAAAUUAAAUACAUUCACGAACUGAUUACUCAAAUAUAAAUAAUAGCCCAAAUACCACAAAUAUAUAUAUAGUAACAUAAAUAUCAUAGAGAGUUUACAUCAAAUGAAAUUAAGGUCUUUAAGGUAGUUAUCUUACGUUGAUUUGUAUAAACUUGUACAAACAAUUGCUUAAUUAGUUGUUUACAAUGUAAUGUGUAAAAUUAAGUUGUGAAGUCAUAAUAUUAAAUUUUGACGCAAUAUAUUA